AUACGGAGCACCUCGGUCGACCGUCCGGCUGGCGCGCUCAGCAGCAUAUCCCCGUCUCCGGUCUAGGAGCCGUCCGACCAGAGCGACGACCAGAGCGACGCAAGUAGUAAGUGUCAUCAGCGGAAUUCUACACUGCUGUUUUAGGUGUGUUGGAUUUUCAAACCAGAGGGAAAAAGCUUGGUGCACCGCGACGACACGCUGCACGCCGAUGCAAAAGAUGGACAGUGCGUUGGACUGGGCCUGGACGCACGAUGACUGGCAGAGUCUCAUAUCUUCAAAUGGGCGGCUGCCUUACAGCAAUUUGCCGUUGCAGACUUUACCUCUGUGGCAGUUGAAGACGAUGUGGAGGCAGAGGAAAUACAAGACUCAGGGGAGCCAGAUACUGAGAGUGACUGGGAAGAGCACUGGGAAGAAGACCCCCACACUGGGAGGGAAGAGGAAGGCUGCUCCAAGCGUACGAAGAAUAAGAAGGAAAGAGAACGCAUGAGGUGCAAGAAGAAGCUGCUCGAAGAACUGGAGUCUCUGCUGAAGAGGUCUAACCUCAUUAGUGAAAGUGACAAGAAAAAAAGAUUUACCGAAGCCUUCACGGUAUCGAAGACAAGACUCCUUCUUCAAGAAUUGGAAAGAAAAUGUGGCGGAAGAAAACGGAUCUACCACCGACCAGUUGGACACACGCCAGUCAGGAAGAAAAGGAAGGCGCCCAACUCGUUUCUUACUUUCUCUGCUCGCUACAGACCGUGCUUUGUACACGUACUGAAGGAGGCAGCGAUGAUGGUGCAGGAAACUGAGGAAGUAAAGAACCCAAGUCAGACAGUCGUCCAAAAGCUAGCUGCACGUGUCUGGCGACGGCUGCAGGACAAAGAAACCGAGAGUGUGGAGACCAUCAAGUGUCUUGCAAGAGACUGUGUGAACCAACAACACAUGUUCCACUCAUAGACAGAGAGGCACUAUGCCGUCAUUGAAACUGUUUAUUGCUCUCCACACUGUAUGAUCUUACAAAAACAAUUUUUGCAACUUAAUUCCCAGUAAAUUUAAAACCACGCAUUAAUAAUAAAAUUAGGAGCUGAUGAUUUCUUAAGAAACUCAGUGUUUUCUUAGUUUGAAGAGGGGAUGUUGGGGCCGGCUGGUCCGAUACUCCAUGUAAACCAUGUCGUCUCCUCCAGACAUGGAGGCCAUGGACCCAGCUCUUCGACUCACACCACUGCCAGCUCCA